AUGUCGAAGAGGGGAAAGAGGAAGGAUGAGGAAGACUACGCCUCCGACGAUGACGCGCCUGCCAAGAAGACCUCCAAGAACGAUGACUCCGACGACGACGACAUCGUUGUCUGCGAGAUUUCGAAGAAUCGGAGAGUGUCUGUGAGGAAUUGGCAAGGGAAGGUUGUGGUUGAUAUUCGGGAAUUUUACGUCAAAGAAGGAAAGCAAAUGCCUGGCAAAAAAGUCAAAAACAGCAAGACCCAGUUGCCCUGUAAAGCUGUGACACUGGGCUUGGCUAAACUUCUAGUUGGCAAGGGCUAA